AUGCCGCCUUCUCCGCCCAUCGUAUGGUUGCGGCGCGUCUGUCUCGAUGACUACGGCUACAACUUGGCUCUGCCCGCCCUGGUUAUCGCAUCGGUAGUGCUAUCAGAAGCCGUCAUCCAACGCAUCAGCUUCACCGAGAUCGACUUUCAAACCUACGUCGCCCAAGCUGACCUCUUUAUCAAGGGCGAACGCGACUAUGCCAGGCUCGACCCACCAAACGGCAGCGGGCCGUGCGUCUACCCUGCAGCCCAUCUCUAUAUCUACUCCUUCUUUCACUGGCUCACGGACGGCGGCGCUAACAUCUUGCCUGCACAACAUGUCUUUGCAGCACUCUUGACCGCCAACAAUGUCCUCGUCGCUCUGCUCUACCGCCAUGUCGGUCUGCCUCCUCUGGCUGUCUUGCCCUUGAUCCUGUCCAAGCGGGUCUAUUCCAUCUUCUUGCUUCGCAUGUUCAACGAUCCCAUAGCCAUCCUUCUUGUCUACUCUGCGCUCCUAGCCGCCAUCAGGACGCGAUGGAAAUUCUCGGCUCUACUCUUCAGCUUUGGUCUGGGUAUCAAGAUGAACGUCCUCCUCUUUUUGCCGGGUCUCGCUGUCGCAGCGUUCGUUUACACCGGUAUCAAGGGCGCCAUUUCCUAUGUCACGCUCAUUGCCGUAGUCCAGGCUCUGCUCUCGUUGCCUUUCACUCUGCAUGACUCUCGUGCCUAUCUAUCGCGCGCAUUCGACUUCUCAAGAGCCUUCCUCUAUGUUUGGACCGUCAAUUGGCGUUUCGUUCCAGAAGACACUUUCCUGUCUACGCAUUUCGCAAAAGGGCUGCUCGCGCUCCAUCUCGUCCUACUAGCUCUCUUUUUCCUCUUCCGUUGGACAGCGAUCGGCUCCCAAGGUCCAAAGUGGAUCGUUCACAACCUGUCCAACGAUUCGCGCGGGCUCGGUCGACCGGCACAGAUUGUCAUCCUGUGCACCGCCUUCACCUCCAACAUCAUCGGCAUCCUCUGCUCCCGAAGCUUGCAUUAUCAGUUCUACUCGUGGUAUUUUCAUCAAGUACCGUUACUGCUGUGGUUCUCUAAGCUGCCGGUGAUCGUCAAGCUGCUACUUCCCGUCACGCUCGAAUGGUGCUGGAACGUCUUUCCCUCCACUGCCCUCUCUUCACAAGUGCUGUUGGCUUGCCAUGUGGUACUCGUGCUUGGCAGCUUUACUGUGCCAGGCAUAGCUGCAGCUCAGCCAGCGCCAUCGCUGGAACUUCACGCUGAUGAGGACGAGGACGAGGUGGACAACUUGCUCUCGACCGAUGACCUUCCAAUUCGCAAGCAGACGAUCGAGGCAGAGGUGAAAUCAGACACGACAUCGGCGUUGGCGCUAGCAGAAGAGGAGGAGAACGAGCGACAAGAAGCACUGCAGCGUCUUGCACAAACCCGACGAGCCAAGGCCGCCAAAGAAGCUAAGCUGCAAAAAGCAUUUCGACGCCGCAUUGCUACUCGCCGUCGUGUUCUAGCCCUCUCUGGCAAGCUCUCUCUUCUCCUCCGACCGCUUCUCGUUCUGCUCAGCAUUGCGCUCAUCUUCGUGGUUCCACACCCGCGAUCGCCCGUAUCCAAAGGCACCUACGUGGACGAGAAUGCUUUGCAGCCCGGCCAAGCACGCGUCUAUUGGGAUUACUUUGACGUGACGUACGCCGACAUGCUCGCCGAUAAGGUGACUUCAUUGAGUGGAGCAAGCAGUGCAGAGCGUGCUGAUUUUGUCUACACGGAGCUUCGGUCGUACGGCCUCGAAGUCAAUCGUCAGGACUAUCGAUACGACGAUGAUGGCUCUCAUAGUCACGAACCAGCGCUUUCGGGGACCAAUGUCUACGCCAGGUCAGCGACGCCGCGCAUCGAUGGGCGCGAAGCCGUUGUCCUGACAGCAAGCUGGCGCAGUCGUUGGCAAGGCGAAAAUGACCCCUUUGCGCCCGCUGAGAACUUGACUGAUGCAGGCAGCAUCGACGCUCGCGGGCGUAUCAACGUCCGCGGCAUCGCCUCGAUUCUCGCUCUCGCCCGUUACCUCUCCACCCAGGCUCAUCUCAGCAAGGAUCUCAUCUUUGUCAUCUCCGACGGCCAUCUCGAGGGCAUCCAUGCGUGGUCCUCAGCCUACUUUGGAAGCCCGACCAAUGGUCUGCAGGCAGAUCCGGUUUCGGCGGGAGGCUCACAAGUGUGGAAUGCCAUCUCGAUCGACUACCCUUCCGACUCUUUCUCGUCUCUCGAAGUGCAGUACGAGGGUUUCGAUGGUCAGUUGCCCAACAUGGACGUCGUCAAUACCGUCGUGCGCAUCGCCGAGAGCGUCGCGGGUGGGAUGCCGGUCGAUUUCGGACACAAGUCGGCCAAGUCGCUCCUCAAAGAACCGGUGCAGAGGCUGGCCGACCAAUACGGCGUUCGCCUGCGUGCCGAUGUCGAGUACGAGCUCGGUAACUACGAGAACGGUGUUCGUGCAGCGCUGCGACAGGUUGGAUUUGGCGUGACGGGCCAAGCCAGUGGACCGCAUGGGUUCUUCCAACGACACCACGUCGAUGCCAUCACGAUCUACGCUGUCCCGGCGACUGGACCGUACGGAUUCUUCCACAUGGGCAGACUCAUCGAGUCGUUCGUUCGCUCUAUGUCGAACUUGCUCGAAAGGUUGCAUCACUCGCAGUUUUUCUACUUGCUCCUCAAUCCUCGUCGAUUUGUUCCCAUUGGUACGACCAUUCUGAUUCCGCUCUUCCUAUCCAUCUCGCUCACCAUCAGCGGUCUUGCGCAUUGGUUUGCUCAGGAGAAGGUCUCGAAGCAGCUGCGCGAGGACGUUCUGUCGAGCCUUGGCCAGAUUGCACGAACGCCAGGCGACGUGCAGCCAGAGACGCCGACGCUCAGCUGGUAUCGCGAUCAGCUGACGAGCAAGUAUCUUGCCCUACUUGAUGGCGAAAAUGGAGUCGCAGGGAAGUUGGAUCGGUACGCUGACGCGCUGAGGGAAUCGAUGAGACCUAUUGCGGCCACGCUUGCAUGCGUUGGAUGGGCCGCGCUGGUGGGCGGGGGAGUGCUCUCGCGGAGCGAGGUGCUCUUCGCAGGGCUGUCAGGGCCGACGCAGGCGGAGAAGAACCUGGUCGCGGUCAGAUCUGGUAUCAUGCUCCUCCCCGCGGUGAUAGCUGUCGUCGUUCGCUCCCGAUGCACUGUCCAUCAUGCCCGCCGCAUCGGCUCGCUUCUGAUCGCCUUUGCCUAUCUCCAAGCAGGCAUGCUAGUGGCCGUCUUAAGCGUGUUGAACUUCGCUCUGGCCGCUUUCCUCGCGCUUGCGGCGUACGCUGCACUCAGGAUUGCGUCUGGCAGACCGAACCCACCCACCUCUACUGCUUCAACAGCUUCGGCGUCUGUAGCCGCCGCUAGCGUAGCCUCCUGGUCCGGCUUCUUGCGGGGCGCAGCGGUGCUCGUCUUCAGUCCGAUCUUUUGGGCGGCAGUCCUGCAUUCCUCCUUUGGUGGCAAGGAACAGAGCGAGUUGAUCGUGGGGAUAGUGACGCACUGGAAGCUGUUCAAUGCGGCGACUGUGCCAAUUGUGUGUCUGGCGUACUUGCCGAUUGUCCUGCAGGCGCAGCUGGGAGCUUUCCUUCGAGUUUGA